GAGCUUCAGCACAUGACAACCUGCGAGCGAAGCCACAACAAGUGCAUUUUCCUGUUAUUUCACGGGCAGUUAAGCCACGUCAGAGGUUAAACUGCCGUGUAUCCUGAUUUCCAGCACUGGAGCGAUUCGUUCCGGAACGGAUUCAUGUUGCUUUUCUUCGCUAUUAAAAUGUACUCACUUUGAGAGCGAUGUGGCUCUUCUCUGUUGUAAAGUCAUGAGACUCGGCGCGUUUCUGGUGGCUGUUGGCUCGCAGCGGAGGAGGCCUUCGUCAUGCCACGGACUUGCGUGAAACCCUGAGCCGAACGAGCUCCGCCCGAGACGGCUGGUCAGCAGCGGAACAGCGGCGAGACAGAGAGCCCAGUGAGUCUUCAUAGCGCUGUCUAUGUUCUCCCUGCGGGGAGAGAUAGAGACAUGCUCCCGCCGUCAAGAAGGGAUUUUGUAUCUCUGACUGUAUCUGAGAGUGGAGGCUACACGAACGGCAAGCAGCGCAGACAGUCUUGCUGGCGGAAAUGGAAACAGUUAUCCCGCCUGCAGCGCAGCCUUAUCCUGUUCGUCUUGGUUCUGCUGCUGAUUGGUGGAAUUGCCACAUAUCCCAGUCUCUCAGCCCAGUGGGGAGACACAGCAGUAGAGGGGAACGGUGGUGAAGGGAAGCAGCCAUUUGUUGUUGAGCUGAAGAAUCAGGGCAGGCCUCUUCUUCCUGAGCCACCUUCUGAGAGAAGAAACUCUCGUAAGCGAGGGCCACCUGUCCUGCAGAGCCGCUUGCAGAAUAAAGGGAACGGCUCCGAGCACCAGGGAGCAGAGGUAAAGAAUGUGGAGGAAGAUGAUGGGAGUAAGCCACUCAUCAGUUGGCGUGGGGCUGUCAUUGAAGCAGAGCAGGGCACGGACCCUAACGCAAAGGACAAAGAGAAGGCAGCGGAGCCUGAGGACCCUUCGGCGGUGCAGAUAGUGGAGAGCAGACUGGAGGCAGUGAGGGAAGCUUUCAGACAUGCCUGGAAGGGCUACAAGGACUUCGCCUGGGGUCAUGAUGAGCUCAAACCUGUUUCCAAAUCAUAUUCAGAGUGGUUUGGGCUGGGUUUGACUCUGAUUGAUGCACUGGAUACCAUGUGGAUCUUGGGUCUGAAGAAAGAGUUUGAAGAAGCCAAGCAGUGGGUGGCCAAAGAACUCUCCUUUAACAAGAAUGUGGAUGUGAAUCUGUUCGAGAGCACUAUUCGCAUCCUGGGUGGUCUGCUCAGCACUUACCAUCUGACCGGUGACGCACUGUUCUUGGAGAAAGCUAAAGACAUUGGCUCCAGGCUGAUGCCCGCUUUCAGCACCCCCUCUAAAAUCCCAUACUCGGAUGUGAACAUCGGCAAAGGCACUGCUCACCCCCCGCGCUGGACCUCCGACAGCACUGUGGCCGAGGUGACCAGCAUCCAGCUGGAGUUCCGUGAACUCAGCCGCCUCACUGGAGACCCUAAAUACCAGGCUGCAGUGAUGGAGGUGAUGCAGCUGGUGCACAAACUGGAAGGCAAGCAGGAUGGUCUGGUGCCCAUGUUCAUCAACACCAACAACGGGCAGUUCACCCACCUGGGCAUCUACACUCUGGGCGCCAGGGCUGACAGCUACUAUGAGUACCUGCUCAAGCAGUGGAUCCAGGGUGGCAAGAAGGAGACUGAGUUAUUGGAGGACUAUCUGCAGGCUGUAGAGGGGAUUAAAAAGAACCUGCUGAAGAAGUCUUCUCCUCUUGGCCUUACGUUUGUGGGAGAACUGUCUCACGGUCAUUUCAGUCCCAAAAUGGACCACUUGGUGUGUUUCCUGCCUGGUACGCUGGCCCUGGGGGCACAUCACGGCCUGGCCGCUGAGCACAUGGAGCUGGCGCAGCAGCUGAUGGAGACCUGCUACCAGAUGUACGCCCAGAUGGAGACGGGCCUAGCUCCGGAGAUUGCGCACUUCAACACGCAGACGGGCAGCGCACAGGAUGUAGAUGUUAAACUUGCAGACAGACACAACCUCUUACGACCAGAGACUGUGGAAAGCCUCUUCUACCUGUACCGCCUCACGAAGGACAAGAAGUACCAGAACUGGGGUUGGGAGAUCCUUCAAAGCUUCAAUACGUACACAAGGGUCGAGACGGGUGGUUAUACCUCCAUCAAUAAUGUGCGGGACCCAAAAUAUCCGAGUCCCAGAGACAAGAUGGAGAGCUUCUUCCUCGGAGAGACGCUUAAGUACUUCUACCUGCUGUUUUCAGACGAUCCUAACCUUAUUAGCUUGGACAAGUAUGUCUUCAAUACAGAGGCCCAUCCUUUGCCCAUAUGGCCACAGGCAGAGUAAUGGGCACCGACAUGGACACACAUGUAUACAUAUAUGUACACACACAUCCACUUCUCUCAGGGCCUUACACAAGGAUUUCUCAAUCCCUUUGAUAUCUAAACUGCCAUGCUUCUUUUUCAACUCUGGGAACAAGACUAUUUUCAUAAUUGGAAUUCAUUUGAUUAAUUGAAAUGAUUGUAGUAGCCUUUAUAAAAACAUGCAGAGCAUAAGUGUCUGUUAACAGGAAGUGAAGUGGUUCGCUUCUUUUAUUGUCUUUUUAUUUUCAUAUUUAGAGUGGAAAUCACACUCAACAUCACAGGUCCUCAACUCUGGACCUUGAAUCCAGUUUCUGGGCCUGGAUUUUGUUAUCACUAUUAAUUGAACUGUUGGUGUAACUGACUGGCUACGUAGUGUCAUACACUAUAUAACCGAAAGUUUGUCUACACCUGCUCACGUAACAUUACUUAGUCUUGUGGGGCAAGACGUGAUCUCGCAAUGAGAAUACGCACUCGGGUUCAAAUUGUUAGUUUUGUUGCUGAAUUGCAGUGAAAUCUGCAGUGUACACCGCCUCAAAAUCCAGAGCUAGCAUUACUGUUACCGAGUGCUGAUUGGUUGGUUUGCUGAUCAACUUAUUGGCGGAGUGAAGUGGUUCACACUCACUGACUUAAUGAAUGUACUUAAGGCACAGUUAUAAAGUCCUAUAACUGACGUUCAAACACACUCAAAAAUAUAACAUUGGUGUUAAAAUAUUCUAUUCUAUUUGUUGGAUUGGUUUAGAAAAUUCGCUAUCACUUUCUACUCUCCCUGAAACGGCACAGCAGUUGCUUCAGCCAUCCCAAAGAUGUGGCAUUGCUUUUUAUGGGCCAAUCAGAAUUAAGAAAAUGUUACUUCCAAUAGCUUUCAAACAGAGGGCGAAAAAAGGUUAACAUGUAAAUUGUCAUUGUUAGCAACCAACACAGACGGCUUCCAUGUAGUUUACAUCUGAAAAUGAUGUACUGUGGGAUCUCAAUAUAUUGGCCACUUGACCUUGGUAUGGUAAGCAACACAUUCUUCACAAUAGUCAAAAUACUUGACACACAAAAAAAGAAAAACAUUACAAUAUUUGGACAUGACUUGUUUUUCAUAGUCAUUGAACUCAAUUCACCAAAUAUAGCAACAGCAAUUACCCCAUGUAAUUUAGUGCUAGAGUUUACUGGAAUGGGCCAGAGGAUUGGUUUCUGAACUUGCCACCUUUUUACUGCUUGUGAGUUUUGUCUGUUUUCUAUGGAGAUUACACAAGCUAGUAAUGCACAGUUGAGCGCUUGUGUCAGCAGUGCACCUCACAGUAGCUUAAGUAGCUUAAUUGAUACUUUGGGACAUCAACUUGACAAACUUCACAAAAUUCAGGACCCAGAUUCAGGGUCUGGAGACGAAUACCUCUGUUCUCCAUAGUUUCACUUAUGCUGGGACUUCCUCUUAAUAACACAAUCCAGUACUCUCUGUGCUCUGAGCUUUAUCAGGAUUAUUCCUAACCAUAUCCAGUAGGACUGUGCUUACUCCUCAUUCUCCAUCAUCGGAGAGGGAUCGGCAGUCGGUACGGGUAUGUGAGUCAGCUGUGACGUGAUGUGAUUAUAGCCUAAGCCACAGCACUGCAGAGAGGGAAAGAGAGAAGCAGCGGGCGACAGGCAGGAAUUAUACUGCCGUUCAGCCGCCCUCUAAAAUUAGCUGUUUGUUUUUAUGCCGUUUUGCUCAGCCCAAGGAGGAGUUUAAUUCGCUUUCAAACUGUGAAGCUUUUUAUACAAGCACUUUGUGUUUCUUCUUCUCUCCUCUGGAGUACAUUUUGUACAUUUUGAGGGAGAAAUGUGCUUGUGCACUACUGCGUUUUUAGUUUGUUUUAUUGUUUUUCUCCUCUAUGUUGUUAUGUUUUAUGUCCUUGUGCUUGCCAUCAAAUCUAUUUCGCUGUUGUUUUUGGUAUUAUGUAUGUCAUUCGUUUUUGUUUUUUGUAGAUAUUGUCUUGUAAAAUGAAGCUAUACUUUCUUUUUUUUUCUUUCAAUGUUGAUUCUUGACCUUACCCCAUAUUGCCUCAAGAGGUUACUGCCAUUUAUGUAUAUAGGCUUUUUUUGUCAAUUAUAGGCUUAGAUUUUACUUUUUUUUUGGUUUGCUUUCCCCUACAGACAUACACUAUUUAUGGCCUGUGAGUUCUGCAGUUGUAAUGAAACUUCUAUUUAAAGAGGGAUUAGUAAGCACAAUAUCAUAUUUGAAGAACAUGUUUUUCAAUAUUUACUCCAUCUAUGUGACUGAUGUUGCCAUGUUGCUUAUCAGGGGACCUAUGUAAGAAAUGGAUGUUUUUAUUUUUUACAUAACAGCACAUGUGAUUUGCCUUCUCAUACAUUUGAGCUGUAGUAUAUUAGACCAUGUAAAUGUAUAGAUAGUUGGAUUAAGUAGCUGUAUUUCUUAAACAGACUGAUCAGUUACUUGUUGGUUAGUUUCACAUGUUGCAUUUUGUCUUAGCUGACAGAAAUUGGGCUCAAGUGUGAAUAUGAGCCAACAGUUCGAGCCAACAGUUCUAACCAACAAGGGCUGAAAAGACUGAAUGGAUUUUCUGUCAUCACCCCCCCUUAUGUUUUGUCAUACCUGUGCCUUUGACUCCUUACUGAGCAAUGAUAAUGAAAUGUUCUAUUUUGAGUCCUGAGAAUCAUGUUUGUAUGGAAAUGUCACUAUUUUAACCAUCCUAUCAAUGUGGCUGUGUUUACAGAUUUCUUGUAGAUACAAACACUUUUAUGCUUAUUUAUGAUAGAAUUUAUGAGAAGUAAAUAACUGAACAUGCCAUAUCCAUUUGAUGAUCAAUCAAACCAACCUAUGUGCAUUGUGUUGUAAUGUGUCAAAAUGUAGAAUAAGCUUUCACAAUUUUACAUACACAAUUAAGGGCUUUUCAUGUGUUAUUUUUUCCCAGUGAUGUGUGUAAAUGUCUUAAAUUAUUGUAAUUGACGUGGUCCUUAAUCAUUCAUUGACCAAAGACAUAAUGUGUUACGUGGGAUUCUUUAAAA